ACAACCAUAAAAAAUUUUCCUAAUUUUUUACAAAGGCUAGAAUCUCAAAAAUGAUUAAACAAGAUCAACUUUAAUUAACAUGAUAAACAAUUCUACACUAUCAAACAUUGAAAUCUAAGACUCUUUCUCGGAUGGAAUCCGCUCCCAUUUAUUAGCCGCAACCAAAGACUGGACAAUGUCAGUGUCAGUCACAAGUUCUCAUCUCCACUACUCUCAAGGUUUGAUUCUUCCCUUUCUUCACAAACUUCCACAUUUAAUUCCUCCAAUUCUACCAAUGGUCCCUCCCAUUUGAUUCUGAUGUUUCCAUCUUUUUGUGACAAUCAGAAGAUAAGAAAGAAUCGAAUUUCAUAAACACCCUCUAUUCAAAAUUCCCUAUUUCAUGAAUCUCCGCCCAUUAUCCGCCGGAAAAUGAAGACCAGCACCGGCGGCGAGAUUGUUCCAGUCCAAGGCGGCCAUAUCCUUCGGUCCACCGGCAGGAAAGACCGUCAUAGUAAGGUCUUCACCGCCAAAGGUCCUCGUGACCGCCGUGUCAGAUUGUCGGCUCACACCGCCAUCCGAUUCUACGAUGUGCAGGACCGAUUGGGUUACGAUCGGCCCAGUAAAGCCGUCGAUUGGCUAAUCAAGAAGGCUAAAUUCGCCAUUGAUAAGCUUAAAGAACUUCCCCCUUAUUUCCCCAUUGUCAGCGGCUUAACAGACUCAAAUCCCAAAACAGGGGAAACAGAUUCCCCUGAAUUUGGUUUCCAGUUGCAGUUGCAAUCCGCCACCGGAAACUUCGCUCCGCCACCAGAAUCUUUAUUUCCGAUGAGCUCUGCCACUGUGUCCACUAAUUUCCAGGGCUAUCCGGUGAAUUUGAUUUCGCGGCCUACUGAUCCGGUUCGAGAUCUUGCUCUUUCUCUCCAUAACUUCCAUGAUUCUCGCGUAAUUCCAUCGGAGGAAGAUGGAAGUCAUUCGACGGCGAAUGACCAACGGCUCAUUGCUGAUUCGAUUCCGGCGAGUAAGAAGGAGAAGAUGCUGGACUGUGGCUGCAGCAGCCAUUGUUAGGGAAAAAUUCGGCAGCGGCGUUUUCCCAGAGGGUGUCGCUUCAGGCCAGUUUGGGGCAUUCGCUGCCGAUUCGUGAUUGGAGAAGUCAGAAUCGACAGCCGUCGGUUCUCGGCGGCCGAUUUGAUGGGUCAUCGGAGUUGCAUACGCCGUCGCAGAUUUCGAGGUGAAGGCGGGAAAGACGGCGUCGUUUGGGGACUCAUUCGUCGUCUCCGAAUUAUCGCCCGUAGAUAUGAUUUAUUCCAAUUCGAAAAUUACUAAUAUGAUUAUGGAGAAUGUAAUUGUUAAUUCAAAUUUAGUUGAAGUAUUUAUGAUUUAAAUUGCUAAACUUUUUAUUUGUUUUUAUUGAAACAGAUUUUUUUUUAGUAACAAACGAAAAAGGGGUUUACUUCGUACGUGUAGGGUGUUCUAUAUUUGGCUACACUUAAAAGGAAAAAAAUUUGGGUUCUCGUGA